AUGGCCGCCGGCCCGGGGGGCUCGUUCCUCCGGUUACUGGGGUUGGUCUCGGCCACGAUCGCCGCCGGGGACCUGACUCCGUUGCACUGCCUCUUGGGCGCCUUCUGCAAAUGUCAUUGCCAGCCCAGCUUCCAGGGUCUGGAGCGUGACCUGACCCAGCACUUGGCCGGGGCGCCGGCGGUGAAGGCACCGAAGGUCUUCGCGCAGGACCCAGCCCCGACCAAGCCACUGGUCCUCUCCCUGCAGGGCUGGACAGGCACUGGCAAGUCCUGUGUCCGCUCCCUGCUGGCGCACUGCCUUCCUCCGGGGUGGCCUCUGCAGCCCGGUCACGUGCGCCACUUCCCUGCCAUCCACUUCCCCCAUCCCAGCCCCAUGGAGCACCACGAGAAGGAUCUUAAGAGCUGGGUCCAGGGGAAUCUCACUGCCUGCAGCCACUCCCCCUUCCUCCUCGACGAGAUGGACAAGCUGCUCCCCACCUCUUCAGUCCAUUACUCUUGGCCCCUUGCUCUGGCACCAUGCUCUCAACCCUCCAUUCCACCCCCUGUGUCCCCGUGUCGUGAAGACAGGCUGAGACUUCUCAGUCUCCAUGAACAGAGGGACUCAAGCUGCCACGUGGGCCUGGUUUCUAAAGUGUUCAAUUUUCUAAGAGAACAAAUACAAUAA